AUGGAUUACCAGAAUCGAGUCGGAUCCAAGUUCGGCGGCGGCGGUGUCGCCUCGCAGAGCGCAACUAAUUCAGACCGCCGAGAGCGAUUGCGCAAAAUAGCACUUGAGUCGAUCAAUCUUGACAGCGACCCUUAUUUCUUUAAGAAUCACUUAGGGACGUACGAGUGUCGUCUCUGUUUAACUGGGCACCAGAAUGAAGGUUCUUACCUCGCACACACUCAAGGAAAAAAGCACCAAACGAACCUCGCACGGCGAGCUGCAAAGGAGCAGCGGGAGGGCCUCCGGCGAGAUAUCGACCCAGCGACCGGUCUGCCAAUGGGCGUGGCUGGUGCAGGGUUUUCGGCGCUGGGCUUCGGUGACGGCGGUCAGGGGGCAGCGCGGCGGCUUGCGGUCCGCAUCGGCCGACCUGGAUACAAGAUCAUGAAGGUGCGCGACCCUGUAACGCGGCAAAUGGGGCUGCUUUUCCAGCUGCAAUACCCCGACAUCGGCCAGGACGUCACACCACGCUGGCAGGUUACAAGUGCUUUCAGCCAACGGGUCGAGGAUCCAGACCGCAACUACCAGUACCUCCUCGUCGCUGCCGAUCCGUACGAGACGUGUGGCUUCAAGAUCCCGGCGCGCGAGCUGGAUCGGCGCGAAGGGCGCACAUUCGAUUAUUGGGACCGCGAUGCGCGUGAAUAUUGGGUACAGGUCCUUUUCGUCACAGAGCGAGAGGAGCGAUUCAACGCUGCCCCCGGCUUGACAAGGCGGUCAUGA